AUGAAGAUGUAUUACUCAGGCUGCAACCUUGUGCUUACGCUCAUCGUGGCCUUGCUUUGUGGCCAGAGCAAAGGCAUUUGGCCCUUCACAUCUGUUCACGCGACUCCUGAUUCGCAGGACAUUGUUUACCCAGAUGCAAACGCCAAAAGAGUUGCAAUUAUUGGCGCUGGAGCGGCUGGAUCCUCCACAGCAUAUUACUUGCAACAAUUCGCCUCCGAAUCCGGGCUCUCACUCAACAUCACAGUCUUUGAGCGCUCAUCCUAUGUAGGCGGCCGUUCAACCACCGUCAAUGCAUAUGGAAACCUUCUGGAGCCCGUCGAACUCGGCGCAAGUCUUUUCGUUGAGGCCAACCCAAUUUUGAAGAACUCAAGCGAAGCUCUUGGCCUUAAACCCAAGGAAUCAACACCCGAAACAGAUGGUGGAGAACUUCUUGGUAUCUGGGAUGGCAAAGAAUUUGUGUACAAGCAGAAAGAAAGUGGGUGGUACUACUGGGAUGUUACCAAACUUUUGUGGAAGUAUGGACUUGCCCCUAUUCGAACCCAGCGCUUGGUGAAGGACGUUUCCGCCAAGCUCCUCAAGCUUUAUGAAUAUCCCUUCUUUCCUUUCAGGUCCUUGUCCGAUAGGGCUCUGGACUUGGGUCUCACACCUGUGACUUCAAUGACUGGAGAGCAAUUCCUGGCAGCUAAUAAUAUCGGGUCCAAAUUUGCUACCGACAUCAUCCAAGCCACUACUCGAGUCAACUAUGGACAAAAUCUCAACCUGAUCCAUGGUCUUGGAUCAAUGGUCUGCAUGGCUGUCGAAGGAGCAAUGCAAAUCCAAGGCGGCAACUGGCAAAUCUUCGCGGGCAUGCUCAACGCCUCCAACGCCUCCACCCUCCUCAACACAGCCGUAACCUCCAUCUCAAAAUCAAAAUCGAAAUACUCGCUCAAAACCAGCACCACUGACUCUCUCACUGGUAAUCUGUCAACGAACGAAGAAUCAUUCGACACCAUCAUCCUCGCCGCACCCCUCCAAUUCUCGCAACUCGCUCUCGCCGACGGCCUCAUCAAACACGUCCCCGACGAAAUCCCCUACGUAACGCUCCACGUAACACUCUUCACCUCCCCCCACGCAAUAAACCAAACAUUUCUCAACCUAUCACCGAAAGACGAAGUCCCUUCCUCGAUCUUGACUACCCUCCCGAAAGACGCCCCACUAUCAGAGAAACUAGAAGAUAGUGUUGGCUCACCGGGCUUCUUUAGCAUUUCGACUUUACGAACCGUGGUAAACCCUGAGACGUUGGAGAAAGAACAUCUCUAUAAGAUCUUUUCGCCGAAAGCUGUUACUUCGUCUUUCCUCUCUGAAAUACUGAACGUUCACGACCUCACAACCAUCAACUCCCACUCCCCAGUAACCUGGUUCCACCCCCACAAAUGGUUCUCCUACCCCUACCUCUUUCCACGCAUCACCUUCGAAGACCCCGAGCUAGCACGAGGUUUCUACUACACAAGCGGGAUGGAGAGUUUCAUCAGCACGAUGGAGACGAGUGCGCUGAUGGGGAAGAAUGUUGCGCGGCUAGUUGUGGAUGAUUAUUUGAAUAUUUUUGGAGCAGGAGAAGGCGAGCAGAAGGUCGUUAAAGGGGAGCUGUGA